AUGGUGGGGAAACUCUUUUUACUUUUUGGGUUGGUAGCUGUCGUUUCAGCGACGGUGAAGCUCCAAGAAGUGUUUUCAUGGAACGUUUUGGAUUGGAACUAUCCAGACGAAUACCAAAAACAACAGGCACUUCAAAGUGGUGCCCUUAUCAGAGAAAACGCUCUUCCGGUUGGUAUUGAAAGAUGGAGGAACAAGCUCUUCGUGAGUGUACCAAGGUGGUUCCCGGGUAUUCCCGCUACCUUGAACUACAUUCCUUUAGAUGGACCAUAUGAUCCUUCACCAAAAUUAACUCCUUAUCCUAGUUUCAAGGGCAACCAAUUAGGAGAUUGUGAAAACGGUCUAACUACAGUUUACAGAAUCAAAGCAGAUAAAUGUGACCGACUCUGGGUUUUGGACGUUGGUACUUAUGGAUACGAUCCUAACGUUACCAAUGUUUGCCCUUACGCUUUAAAUGUAUAUGAUUUGCACACUGAUCAACGUAUCAGAAGAUACGUUUUCCGUCCUGAAGACAUAGUACCUUCAACUUUUAUCGCAAACAUAGCUUUAGACGAAGGACGCACAUGCGAUGAUACUUUUGCCUAUUUUUCUGAUGAACUUGGAUAUGGUCUCAUCGCUUACUCAUGGGAACAAAAUAAAUCGUGGAGAUUCAGCCAUAGCUACUUUAUGCCCGACCCCUUAGUUGGAGAUUUUAACAUCGCUGGCCUUAAUUUCCAAUGGGGUGCCGAAGGUAUUUUUGGAAUAAGCGCUGGUCCGAUGGGUGCUGAUGGUUUUAGAACUCUUUACUUUAGUCCUAUAACCAGUUUUACUGAAUUCUCAGUUUCCACUAAAAUUUUAAGAGACGAAUCUAAAGUUAAAGGAUCUUACCAUGACUUUAACGUAGUUGGAAUUCGUGGACCCGAUACACACACCACAGCUAAAGUAAUGGACAGCACUGGCGUUCAACUUUUUGCUUUAAUUGAUCAAAAUGCUAUUGGUUGCUGGAACACUGAGUUGCCUUUAAAACCCCAAAAUGUUGGUGUCGUAGACAAGGAUGAUGUCGACCUUAUUUUUCCCUGUGACGUUAAAAUUGAUGACAACAGAAAUGUUUGGGUGAUAUCAGAUCGAAUGUCCACAUUUUUGGAAUCUCAAUUAAACUACGGUGAAAUAAACUUUAGAAUUUUCGUGGCGCCUUUUGAAAAACUUACCGAAGGAACUGUCUGUCAAAGUACUGCUUCUGCAGUUAAAGCACCGAAACUAUUCCCGAAUUAUGCUCCACAGACGCAAUUCUUUAAUCCACCUCACUUAGAAUCAGUUUCUCAAAUUCCAUCACACAUUUUCCUUCCAGCCACGUCUUCAAAAACCUUAACAUCGCCGUUUAAUUCAUUUUCUUCAAAAAGUGUAUUUCCUAAAGCGACAACAUCAUGGAAAAUAUCUAAGCAACCUUCCCAACCGUAUUACUUCUCAUCGUUGCAGUCACAUACCACAACCCCAAACCCAUGGUGGCUGCAGAAUAAUUACUAGAUACGGAUUUAGGUAAUUCUCAUCAUAGGAGAAAAUAACCUAAAUUAAUAUAAAUAAACACAAUAUGGUUUUGUUAUGUAUACGAUAAUUGAAAGAAUUGCUUUCAAGAAGAUACAUAUACUAUUAACAUCGAUAGCUUUUGUGUACCUUAAUUUUUGUAUAAGUGUUAUUAAAUUGAUCUAAUUUUAUUUAUAUGUAGUGUAUGGAUGGUGAUUUUGUUAUAAAGAUUAUUGUUGCUAGUAUUCAUUACGCAAUAUGAUUGUGUGAUUUUUUAUAUAAGAAAUAAAUGCGAAAAAUCGUG